GGGCAACGGCACUGCAGAAGCACGACACGCCCAGCAUCAACAACCCCGUCUCCCGUGCCCAUUCAUUGCUGGUCCCAUCUCCAAUUGUCCUUGCUGUUCCAUCUUCGGCCGCCCGCGCAAACUUCAAUUGCUUUCUUCACAGUGCACACCCGCGUGCAACAACACGCGACGACCGACUGAACGAAAGCUAGCAUCAUCGCGACGACAGACGACAGACAACGACAAAUCAACAAGAUGGCGCCACGACCGCCAGGAGCGCGGCGCAGUCUGUUCCCCGAGCCAGAGCACGUCUACGAGUUGGGAGUUGCUGGCCGGUAUGCGCUCACGAAUAUCUCUCCAUCUCCACGCAAUACUAACAAACUGUCCAGCAAAACCGGUGUCACUCUAAAAGACUCGGGCAUCCGCGACGAACAUGGCAUGCAACCUCUCGAAGACCUCUUCUCCUCUCCCCACAAGCCGACCGAGGACCGCGAUGAAGACGAAGGCGAGGACGACGAAGACGGUGGCGCCUCGGAGGAUGGUAGGGCAGACAGCGAGGAUAUGGACAUCACCACAACCUCUGGAAUUGCCCCUGCGGCUCUCCUCAACGGCAACGCCAGCCGACUUCCCCUCCCCGUCAACCGCACCAACCGAUCACCUGUCAAGGUCGUCGUCAACUCGCCCGCGCGGAAUCGUCUAAUGGCGCGCAGCUCAUCGCCCACUCGUGGAUCGCUUGGUGCCAACAAAGAAAACUACGAUCGCGGUUCCUCUUCCCAGCCUGCAGAAGAUAUCAACACUGCUAGGCGGAGACUGAACUUUGAGGCUCUCAAGGCGGGUGGACGCUCCCUAUCUCAACCGACUACGACGAACGGUAUCAACGGGUUGAAUGGGUAUUACGAUGAAGCGGAGGAAGAGGAACAAGAGAACGCUGCGGUGCCGGAUGAGACUGAUGCGUUCAUUGAGGAGUCUAUGGCCAUGUUGGAGGAUGACGGGGAGGUUGAGGAGGAGGAGCCCGUCGAACAGGAAGAGGAGGGACCAGAGGAAAGUCCUCAAGUUGCGUCUGCGCCGGCGGCCAAGAAGAAGCCUGGAAGGAAACCCAAAGCCAAGGAACCCUCCCCAGCACCCGCGCCGGCAAAGCGUGGACGGAAACCUGCUGCGCCCGUGGUAGAAGAGGAGGAGCAGGAAGAAGAGGAAGAAGCAGAGGCAGAACCAGAAGAAGUCGCGCCCAAGGUUGCUGGCAAGCGAGGAAGGGGAGCCGAGGGCAAGACCGCAGCCGUGGAAGAACCAGCUCCCGCAGCCAAACCAGGCAGGAAACGGCGCACCGUGGAAGAACCCGCUACCGAUGCCCAAGAUUCCUCCGCCAGUCGCCAAUCCAAGCGCCAACGUACCGAGACCGCGCCAGCACCCGCCAAGGGCAGAGGAAGGCCGAGGAAGUCACUCACCCCAGCGCCAGAGGAAGUCGAGGAACCAGAACCAGAACCAGUCCAAGCCGGUCCCUCGCGAUCCAAGGCAGCCAAAGGAAAGGGUAGAGCCCCAACCCCCGCCGCCGAACCCGUCAACGAGAAGGCCACCAAGGGCACCAAGGCCACUAAACAGAAAGGCGGUCGCAAGCGCCAACCCUCUCCCGCACCCGCCGCCGAUGCCGAUACCUCCAUUGCCAUCCCCCGCGGUCCUCCCCUUCCCAAGUCGCGCGGCCUCGUCAUCAACCGGCGCGAAGUCCCCGGCGACAGCAGCGCCAUCAUCCGCACGCGCUCCGGUCGGCACUCCUUCAAGCCCCUGGCCUACUGGCGCAACGAGCACGUCGACUACGAAUACGAGGAAGACGAAUUCGUCGCCGAUCACGCCCCCAAGUCCUUCAAGGGAUCCAGUGCCGGGGAGGUGCGCAAGAGGAAAUUCGUCCUGCCCACCAUCAAAGAAGUCGUGCGCGUCCAAGAAGAAGUCGUUGAUUUCUCCCGCAGCCGUGGCCGGGGCACCAAGCGCGGCGGCAAUGCUGCUGCUGGUGGCGGUUCCCGCCGGGCCCAAAAAGACGAAGACCCCUCCCCGCCCGAACCCUGGGAACUCAACCCCGGUAUUCUGGGCGGCGACGUGGUCACUUGGUACCCACAGCACGAAUUCCACCCGCCCGCGCUGGACGACGAGGUCGAAGUGCAGGAGAAGCAGCUGGCUAUUUCGGGCCGAGCCAUUCGCACGCAAAAGGUCAAGGACGCGGCGUUUAGGUAUGCCAAGACGGUCAACGAAGGCUUCUUUGGCGCGGGGGUGGUGGAUCUGCCGCCGGGCGCGGUCAAGAGGCCCAAGAACUCACGCAAAAUGUUCAUGACGUUUUUUGUGUAUACGGGGAGGGUGUUGGUGACGGUUAAUGAGACGGUGUUUAGGAUUGGGAGGGGGGGGAUGUGGUUCGUGCCCAGGGGUAUGUUCCAUCACUCCAUACACUACUUUGACAUGUUGAUGGUGUUGUAAACGGAACUGACACUGGGCUAACGAACGAAACAGGCAACUACUACUCCAUUGAAAACGACUACGACCAACCUGCUCGCGUCUUCUUCUCGCAGGGGUGCGAGGUGCAGGUUAGGCCAUCUGAGGAGGGCGAGGAAGGGACUGGUGCGGAGAACUCCAUGAUGGAUACC